CUGAACUUUCACUCCAGAAGCCCUAGGUGGCUUUCCUUUUGUGUAGGGCUGGUCCGCUGUAUACAUGGAUAUGCGGCCCCUAAUUGUUAUUUGACUUUACACAGGUACGAGAGAAAAAGAAAGAAAGCAUUUUCUCUCCCCAUUAGCACUUCUGCUUCAAAAGCCAUGAACCCGGGCUGAGUUUGGCAGCGAGUGCAUGGGGAGAGCGGCUACAUCGCAGCGGACGUGCCUGGGGAUCUGGAUGCGGUUACACAGCGAAGUGUAAACAGAGAAGUGUUAACAUAUAUAAAUAACAGGACACACCUAAGAUGGGUGAAAAGAAACCAGAGCCUUUGGAUUUUGUGAAGGACUUUCAAGAGUAUCUCACACAGCAAACACAGCACGUCAACAUGAUAUCUGGCUCUGUUGGAGGAGAAAAAGAAGCAGAAGCUCUUCAGGGAGCUGGAACAGACAAUGAUCAGAAUGGACUGGAUCAUCCUUCAGUAGAAGUAUCUCUAGAGGAUAGCUCUGGGAUGUUGGUAGAUGGAUUUGAGAGAACAUAUGAUGGGAAACUUAAAUGCCGUUACUGUAAUUAUGCCAGCAAAGGAACAGCACGCCUUAUUGAGCACAUCAGAAUUCAUACAGGUGAAAAGCCUCACCGUUGUCACUUGUGUCCAUUUGCUUCAGCCUAUGAGCGCCACCUAGAAGCACACAUGCGUUCACACACUGGAGAGAAACCAUACAAAUGUGAACUUUGCUCCUUCCGUUGCAGUGACCGCAGCAAUCUUUCCCAUCAUCGGAGACGUCGACACAAGAUGCUUCCCAUCAAGGGUACCCGAUCUGCUAUUGCUAAUAAGAAGAUGCUCAGUGUCCUUCAAAAAAAAUCUAGCAACCUUGCCUAUAGUCGUCGUCUCCUCAUCAAUUUUAGUCCACCAUCAAUGGUGGUUCAGAAACCAGACUACCUGAAUGAUUUUUCUCAUGAGCUGCCAAGUCUUCAGGCAGAAGCUUAUGAAAGCAUUGCAAAAACUCAAGUCAGUGGUGGUAGUGGUACUUCCAGCAUCUCCAGGGAUCCUCAGGAUUUAAUGGUAGAAAAUCCUUUAAAUCAGCUUUCCACUUUGGCAGGCCAGCUGUCCAGCUUGCCCCCAGAGAGUCAAACCCCAGUUUCUCCAGAUGUUGUUGCCUGUCGUGAUGAGAAGCCAUUCCUAAUUCAGCAAUCAUCAGCUCCUCCAGUAACAUCUGGUGUGUCUACCAGUGCAGCUCAAAGUAGCUCUCCAACAAGCCCUGAUCCAAGGCCUCUCCCCCACAAUCAGAGGAACUAUAGUCCUGUUGCAGGGCCAAGCAGUGAGCACAGUGCUCAGACUAGCACUCCUAGUAUUAGUAACAGCCAACCAAGCACCCCAACACCAGCCUUACCAGUACAAGACCCCCAGCUACUUCAUCACUGCCAGCACUGUGACACCUAUUUUGCAGAUAACAUACUCUAUACUAUCCAUAUGGGCUGCCAUGGAUAUGAGAACCCAUUUCAGUGCAACAUAUGUGGAUGCAAAUGCAAAAACAAGUAUGAUUUUGCUUGUCAUUUUGCAAGGGGUCAGCAUAAACAACAGUGACUGCAAAUGAGAAUACAAUAACAGUAAACUUUUGUUCAUUUAGAACUUAUUCAUCUUUUAUUUCCCUAUUGGGGAAUUUCACACAACUUUCCAGAUUUAAACCUGGAAAACGUUUCCUUCACUGUUUGGGAGAAGCAAUGUUUGUGAGUGCUAAAUGAUUUUUUUUUUAAUUGAUAUGAAUAGUGAAUAAUACUGAGAUCAUGAUUGUUUCUUGAGCAAUUCAGUUUUGGUAAAGAGAAGUGGUCACUUUACAAUUUCUGCAAAAAAUCAGCAGUUAAAAUUGCACUAUUUUAUGUCCAGUCAUUAGGAGAAUAGUUUCAUGUACAAUACAAAAAUGACACUAGAGUGAUGUUAUAUAAUUUUAGCAUACUCAAAAGGCAUGCAGAAUCAUAUCAAGCAGGGCAGAUAUCAGUAUACUGUAUUAGCUCUCGUUAUGUCAACUGUUCUUAAGUUGUGUGUGCGUGUGUGUGUGUGUAUAAGUUCACAUACCCUAGCAGAUUUUGUAAGAUAUGUACCAUACUUUAAAGAAAAGAUGACUGAUCAGGCAAAACACAUAUCAUUUACUGCUAAUGCAAUCCAAAUUAAAUUAUAAGGCAUCGCAGAAUAGUAAUUAGGAAAAUAAUGAGAUGGUCCCUGUUCAAAAGUUUACAUUCCUUACGUUUUUAAUACUGUGUAUUGCCCCCUUUAGCAUCAAUGAUGGCAUGUGGUCUUUUGUGAUAGUUGUAAAUUAGGCCCUUGAUUUUCUCAGAUGGUAGAGCUACUAAUUUUUUUUGGCAAAAAGUCACCAGGUCCCAAAAAUUCUUGAGUUCUCUUGCAUGAACUGUACAUUUGGGAUCUCCCCAAAGUGGCUCAAUGAUAUUGAGGUCAGGAGGUUGUGGUGGCCACUCCAGCACCUUCAUUUUUUUCUGUUGUAACCACUGAAGGGUUGACUUGGACUUGUGUUAUGGAUCAUUGUCUUGCUGGAAGAACCAAGUGCAUCCCAUGUGCAGCUUCUGGACUGAUAAAUGAAAGUUGUCCUCCAGUAUUUUCCAGUGAGAUGCUGCAUUCAUCUUGCCAUCAAUUUUCACUAAGUUACCUGUACCGCUGUAGCUCACACACCACCAGAACAUCGGAGAUCCACUUCCAGGCUUCACAGUAGUGAUGGUAUACUUUUUGUCAUGGGCCUUGAGCUUAUGGCUAUGGCCAUAAAGUUUGAUUUUGGUCUCCUCACUCCAAAGGACUUUGUUCCAGAAGUUUGGAGGCUUGUCUAGAUGCUGUUUGGCAUAUUGUAGCGAGCUGUUUUGUGGUGUUGGCACAGUAAAGACUUUUUUUCUUGCAUCUUGACUGUGUAGCCCGUUUUUGUUCAAGUACCGGAUUAUUUUGCAUCUGGAAACAACGGCAGCACUUGUUUACAGCUGAAGUGGUUUGUGGGUUUUUCUUGGCAUCUUGAAUGAUCCUGGCUGUUGUGGCUGAAAUCUUGGUUGGUCCACCUGACCAUAGCUUGGUAACAACAGAACCCCUAACUUUCCACUUUUUUAUCAGAGUUUGAACACUACUGACAAGGCAUUUUCAGAUCUCUGGAUAUCUUUUUAUAUCCUUUUCCUGAUUUAUACAAUUCAACAACCUUUUCUCACAGGUCCUUUGACAGUUCUUUUGCUUUCCCCAUGAAUUGAUAUCCAGCAAAGUUAGUGCAGCUGUGAAUUAAUUUAAAUUGACUAUUUAGACAUAGACACUAAUUACAAUCAAAGAAAUUACAGGUGUGGGCACUCUCCCUUAAUUACCCUUAAUUUGAACCUGUGUGUGUCAACAUGUGUUACCAGCCCCAACAUUCAUGGGUAUGUACACCUUUGAUCCGCUCCAUUUUCGGUGAUUUCAGUUAUCAUUAUGAUGUAAAAGGGCACACACAAUUGUGUAACAAUAAAUUGCUUUGUUUGAGCAUACUCCCUAAUUAAAAGAAAGCUUUCUGCAUGAUCACUUAUAUUUUCCAAACAGUGGGCAAUAUUUCACAAAUUUUGCCAAGGUACGUAAACUUAUGAGCGCAACUGUGUGUGUGUGUGUGUGUGUGUAUGUAUGUAUUUUAUAUACGUAUAUGUAUACUGUAUGUAUGUAUACUGUAUAUAUAAACUUUACAACACAUUGUGUCUAGAAGCUGCAUAUACAAAUUAAUGAAAGUUAAUUUAAUUUUCUGUGCUACAGGGAUAGAUUUAUGCCCACUUUUGUUCUCGUAUCUGAUAUUAGUUAUCUUAAAACAACCAGAGUUUUAGAUGAAAGCUUUCAGAGUUUCAAUGACCAUAUUUAGGAAAAAUGUGAAAAUAGUCAUUGUAUAACAUACUUUUCCAAAAUAGAUUUUCUUAACAGAUGUUUUGUGCGACUAUGGUACUUUUUAAAAACUUGAACACUUUAAUAUGAGACUGCCUUUAGUAUCAAUGACUGUAAAUCCCAGUUGUGCUGUAGCUGAUUAGAAUUGUGGAGUACAGUAUUAAGGAAAGCAGUAAAAUUAAAGACUGCAGACAAUAUUGAUGGAAAUGACAUUGCUUAUGAUUGCUGAUCUUCACAAUACAAAUUUAACUAUUCAGUUUUUGUUUUCCCUUUAUGUACUGUACAUAGAUAUCUGUGCACCAUGAAUUUGGAAAUUCAAUUUUGAUUACCAAGAUUUCAUGCAUCUUUCACCAAAUGCAAAAUUCUAUCAAAACUGACAAACUGCACCCCUCACAUUCAACUACUAACUCUGCACCCCUCACAUUCAACUACUAUCAGAAGAAAAUCCUCUCUGUCUGUUAUCAGUACAGCCUUUGUCACAACCAUUCUAAUACUUGUAUAUGAAUUAUCUAAUAAACUCAAGCUACUUGUAGAUCAUAUAGAUUUAAUGUUGCAUUUGAGUGGAUUUUUUAUUCAUAUACUGUACUUUUUGUUCGGCACAGAGCACUAUGCCUAAGUAGAGAUGCAUUAAUCGAUCUUUUGUGCAUUAAUUCACUUACCUUAUCUGUCUUUAUCUCUUUCAAUCAAGGAGAGAGGCUUGUAAGGAACAAAGUUCUGUUUUACAUCUUCCCAUGUAGACUUAAGAAAACUGCUCUUGUGUCCAUAUUAAAAUUUGCUCUCAAACCUACUAAGACAUACAACAAAUGUUCUGUUUUUUCUUAAUUCACAUAACUAAACUGUUGCACUUCAGCAGUUUCUUCUGUGAGUAGAGAGGGCUUUAUAUGGCAGAUAGCACUCAAGCUUCAAACUGUUGCAGUAUCCAAUAGUUUUUUGUUUUUUUUAAACUAACUAGCUGCCUAUUUGAAAUUUCCACCUGUUUCUCCCCACAACUGUGUGAGUUUUUUUUUAACGCAUCAGUUCUCUCCCUGUAAGAAGUGUGUACUAGAUUAAUUGGCCCAAAGUAAAUAAGUGUAGAUGUUUGCAUGAGUGAUGAACUAGCACAUUAUCCAUUGAUUAUUCCUGCCUUGCACCCUAUACUGAGAGGGUAUGCUGUGGCCCCCUACUACUCUCCAAAUCUUUGUACUAUUGGUAAUUUUGUUCUGUAUUGCUAUUGGAGGAGUGGAAGAUUAAGAGGGAAUUAUAAUAUCUAAUAUGUGCAGGAUAGCUUAUAACCUUCAUCUUGUUUCUUGUUUUUCCCGCAUUAGUGUUUGCUUUUUAAAAUGUACAUUUACCCAUGAAGUGACUGCUUGACUAUGCAUACAAACACCACAACAUUUCAUAGAAAAAUACUGAUAACAAAAGCAAACUAUUAGGCCAUUACCAAUUUGCAUUUGCAAAGAAAUCAUGGCUAAUCUCGCAUUAAUGCCAGUCAUAACUUCAGAUUUAUUCUGUUUUAUGAUGUAAAUUUUAUGUGUGAAUAUUUACAGUACUUCAUUUUUAUUUUCUACAUGCUGGAAAACAAAAAUCUGUUCAAUCAUGGCUUUUUUUUAAGUGUAAAGUUUAAAAUUGAAUUGGCGGCUAUUCUAAAUUAUCCUAUGCUUUUGUUACUCCUAUUGGCAACAGAGAUAAAAUAACUAAAUACAAAAUCAUAGAACAGGCUGUGCAUCUCCUUUUUAAGCAAAGUCUUUAAAAAGAACCUUCAAGAUUAUCAUGUUUACUGAUUAAAAUUUGUAUCUGCAUUAGCUAUUAUGCUACUUAAAAAACGAUUCUGCAUGCUCCCAACCUGUUUGGUUACUUAGUUUUACAUGAAAUGCAGCCAUUAAAAUGCUAGUUAGGAUGUCAGCCUUGAUAUGUGGGGUUUAGGGACAGCGCAACUUAUUUCAAGACUCUGCCCUGCAAUAUUUCAGAUUUUCCACAGUAAAGGUGACUCCUCAGUGAAAAAAGUAUUAUGUAUGCAUUUGUUGAUCAUUUCAAAGCAACUGAAGAACAGUCUAGAAACUUGGUGUUAUAGGAUUGUAUAAAUUAAUAUUUGAUACAUGUAAGUUACCUGUCAUUUCAAGGCCAAAGGUUUCUUCAAUAAUUUUUAAAAUAAUCUUUUUUAAAGAGCACUCUUCAUAUGUACAGACUGUGCACAUGAAAGGCAAAGUUUGUUGUAUUUGUCCAUCAUGGUAUUCCAAUGAAUUACUUGCACAUUUAUUUCUAUACAUUUUCACUAAAUGCGUCUUUAGGUACAACAUUGUAUGCAAAUUUGUGCUGUUAACUAAGUGACUGGGGUAACAGUAGACUGAAAUCGAAAAUGAAAAACGAAUAAAUUAUACCUAUGGCAGUGCUGUUAAAUGUAUGGUAUUUGUUGGGAAUGAUAGAUCCUAGUUACAGAGGUUACUGUGUUUUUUGCCUGAAAAGCAUAACAAUACUGUUGAAUUCACCUCUAAAAAUGAAACGAUUAUAAUGCUAAAUGAAAUGUGACUAAACAAUUUUUAAAAUGCUUUCUUAAUUUAUAACCUGUUUGUAUUGUUGCCACAUUUGUUACAUGUGUCACUUUUAUUGUCAGUGUAGCAAGACGACAAAUUUUAUCUUGCCAAAUUUCAAUUCUUAGACUAUAGCUGAUGCUUGUGUCACUGCUAGUUAUUAACACAACUGCACUGAUCCCCUAUUUACCUUUGCUAAACUGAACUGUAAAAUCUGCCGAAUGUGUUCUUUCUGUACCCUACCGCUACUAUAAAUUAAGAGUUUCAUGAAUAUAACUACAGGAGUUAUAAGAAUUUGGCUCUUUUCCAUUUGUCACAUAUAUUAAUACUAAUAGUUCAUCUAUAUUUUACAUUUUAUUUAAUCUUUUUUUUUUUUUUUUUUUUUUUUUUUUUUUUUUUUUACUGCUUUGUAAAUUUCUGUGCCAGAAGCAACUACAGUUACUUAGACUAGAUUAGCCAGUAUGUUGUACAAAAAUACUAGCCUUACUACAAUGGAAAUCAGUAGCUCCUGGAUAGCACACUAUAAACAAAUGAAAAUAUGUUUAAAUGUCAUUGAAUGUUUAUCUUCUUGUACACUGGCACACAUUCCAUUAAAUGAAUGGAAUGGUAUAUAGUAUUUCUUUUUUCGAAAACGACUCCAUCCUUUCUUUCAUUUCUGUCUCUCUCUCUCUUGGAUGUCUGUCUCCUCCUUUGACAGAAUAAGCAUUGGACUGCAGUGUACAGAUAAAUAGUUACGAUUGAACUGAGAGCUGAAGUGCUUCUUGCCCAUAAAUAUUUUUCCAAGAAAGGGGACUACGUGAAAUUGUUGUCCUUUAGCAUGUCAUUGUAAUAAAAAAUAUUAUUUAAAAUCUUUCACAAUGCAAUCCAGCAUUGAGAAAUGGGGAAAAACUUUUAUACCAUUGGAUAAUUACAUCAUGAAGAAAUUAUAUCUGUAUGUAUGUGUGCAGCUAAACAAUUUGAGACGGUAUACUCUGAAAAUGCUGAGCUACUGACUGGCAAUAAAAUGUGCAGUUGGUUUUUGCUAAUGCUUUUUUAUUUGUCCUUAAAAUUUUUAAUUGAUACAAUGGCAUAUACAGUAUAUAUAGUUAAUUUUGCUAAACUACAAUAUGAUGGAUAAAAAUGUAAUUCACUGAAAAGUUUAACCUAUUAACAUGGAAUAUCUGAAAUGCCAUGGCAGUUAGUAAGAACUGCAAAAAAAGUUAAAUCUCAAUAACCAAAAAUUAUGAUGGUCCUGUAUGCACUCUUCAUAUGUACUAAGGGAACUCUACCUCCAUAACUAGUUUUGACUUAUAGUAAAGCAUACCUGUUUAGCAUAUACACACUUGAAAUUAUACUGUAUAUUUAAAAAGUGUACUACUUGCUGCUGUGGCAUUUUAGCAUAUCAUAUGUUCACAACUCUUUCGGGUAUAGAACACAAGAUUAUUAAAAUGAGUAUUUGUAAAUCGUUUAUGAGCAUAUCUUCUAAAAUGGGAAAAGAUACCUUGUACCACUGGAAUGUUUACUAUUCAGUAAUUCCAGUUUUUCUUAUACUAUUAAUUUCUCAUUUUAAUUAACCUUUUCCUUUUUUGAUUGUGUGAUUUGGAAAUCCAUUAUAUCGUUAAUUUUUUUAAGAUAGUUGUUUAAGAUUCUUGGGUGCUCUUAAUAAAGUAAUUGUUUCAUUGCCAUAUUACAAGAAGGAAUUCAUCACCCUAGUCCAAGAACCACUUCAGUUAAUGUUAGUUAUGAAAAUCUCAUAAAAUAAGAAAAAUAAGCAGAGAAUACACAGUGAUCAUAAAUUAGAUAACAGCCAUUAUACAAAGCAAUAACAUAUCAUCAGUAUAAAGACUGGAAGUUUAAAUUUAUAUGUUUAUAUUCUUAUGGAUAAUCCAUUAUUGAUUGAUCAAUAGUUUUCAUUUCUUUAUGAACAUUUCCAUCUGAAAUAAUCAUUUAGUUAAUCUAAAUGGAUGAUUUAGUGUUAUGAGAUCAGGUGAAUAGAUGUUUAUAUGUUUAUAUUCAUAAGUCUCAUGUCAGUAUCAGUAGUGUGAAUACAUUUGGCUUAUCAAUAUACAAGAAAAUUAAUUGUGGUUAAACUUUACAAAACACAGAUUGUGCCCUACUUGUUAUGUGUUUCUGAGAAACUGUACAGUUGUUCAGAAUAUUUAUUUUAUUUUGUGUGACUAACACUUUAAAAAUGACAUCCUCUUGUUGUUCCCUUUUUGUUUCAUAAGAAUUUACUGUACUGUACAUUAAAAGUAGUGUAAAUGUUUAAAACAGACAAUGCAUGAGCUCUGCAGCUUUAAAACAGUUUUCUUUUGAUUACACUAAGCCUUACAUAUGCCACCUUGAAUCUCCCAGUUGUAAACUGCCUUGGGUGUGCAGCUUUAACUUGCACUCCCACCCAACUCUACACCAUGACUGGGAGCAGUAAACAGUCUUGUGAAUUGUGCACUGAAGCUCCCCGAAUGGAGAGAGUUUUUGUUUGUGAUUUUUUCCAGUCAACUGCAUUUGCAGUUUGUCUUGGUAAGCGACAGGUUUCAUGUUUCUGCCAGUAUAUCUGGCUGUGUCUUUAUUUAUACCACCAGGUGAAGUAAAGGAAAAGCUUCACAGCAUGUUCUUCAGUUACCCACUCCCCAUCCAGAUCCCCUAUGCCAUCUGCGUGCUCUGUGAAAACACACUGCCAAGAGUCGAUCAGGAUUAUGCUGCUGUCCUGAUCACAUUCAGUCCCCUUCUUAUAACAACCUUCACUGUUUCCCCUUUUAGCAGGUAGGGGGGCAGCUUGUGCCAUAUUGCCUCUAAGACUGCUGUUAAAGGUGCCUUUGUGCACAGCAACUGUGGUGAUUUGGCAUCGGAAGAAAUCUGUAAGUCAGCCAAUACCCUCUAAAUUAUUGUUAGCCAUGCAUGUUACAUAUCUGUUAAGAGUGAAAUGAACACAUCAUGAAAUGUACCAAGUCAUACACAACUAUUAGUGAAACUGUAAUUGCUUGUGUCUCAAAAAUUGAUUUCUCUUUCAAAAUCCAUUCCCUUAUCUGAUGAGUAUAGCUGUGAGUGUGCACUUCAUUAUGUUUAGUAAUGUUUUAUACUUAUGCCAGAAGUAGCAAUGCUGUGCCAACAAAGUGGUACAUCAGAACACUAUUUCUUAGAAAUGGAGUUGUCAGUGUGUUUACGUAGAAAUACACUGAAAUGGUCAAAUUUGCCAGGAAAUUAUCAGAGUCAUUUAUUUUCAAGAUUUCUUUUGAAUCCUGAAUCUAACUACUUGCUUUUUUUAUCUAUGAAACAAAUGAAAUCUGUGCCAGGAACAUCAAGAUAAUUUGCAUGUGUCUUUUUUUUUUUUUUUGGUUUCACUAUUUAAAUUAUUUCAGUGCACAAAUAUUAAAAGAGCAGUGCAGAGUUGCGAUGUACUGAGUUCUGUUAAAACUAUUAUUCUUGGGUUGCUUUGCUUUAAAUCUGAGCAUUCUGAUUUUGUCAGAAUGUGACUUUGUCAAAAUGUUUCCACAGUUCACGUUUCUGUUAAACUGUAACAAUUUAGAAAAUACUCCAAUGUAAAUAUGUGUAAAUUUGAACAUAUAAUACUUAAAUGCUCAACAGUCUCAAAGAAGCAAUCCCAGUUUUAAAGUAAUGGUAUUUUACUAGUAUGAGGACUACAUAUUUUCAUGAUGGCCAACUUUACCAUUUCCCAUGAGAAAUCUGUGUGCAUUUAACUGUAAUCAAGGAAGUAAUCCUCACUUUUAUUCAUUUGAAUGUGUAAAACACAAUGACAAAAGUUAUAACUUCAACUAAUAUCCAUUUUCAAACUUCAAGGCAUUUUGUACUUCAUGAAUAAAACUUGUUUUUUCUA